AUGAGGGGAGAAGUCUGCCACAUCCACAUCGGCCAGGCCGGUAUCCAGCUCGGCAACAGCGCCUGGGAGCUCUACCUCCUGGAGCACGGCCUCAAGGCCGAUGGUCGCUCCGACCCUGAGAGCCAGGCUGAUACCGAGGGCGGCUCCUUCGAGACCUUCUUCACCGAGACCAGCGGCGGCAAAUACGUCCCUCGCUCCAUCUUCGUCGACCUGGACCCUUCUCCCGUCGACGAGAUCCGCACCGGCGACUACAGGCAGCUCUUCCACCCCGAGCUCCUGAUUAGCGGCAAGGAGGAUGCCGCCAACAACUAUGCCCGUGGUCACUACACCAUUGGCAAGGAGCUCGUUGACAACGUCAUCGACCGUGUCCGCCGUGUCGCAGACAACUGCUCCUGCCUCCAGGGCUUCCUGAUCUUCCACUCCUUCGGUGGUGGUACCGGCUCUGGUUUCGGUGCCCUCCUCCUGGAGCGUCUCUCGACCGACUACGGCAAGAAGUCUAAGCUCGAGUUCGCUGUCUACCCGGCGCCCCGUGUCUCCACCGCCGUCGUCGAGCCCUACAACGCUGUUCUGUCCACCCACAGCACCAUCGAGAACUCGGACUGCACCUUCCUCGUCGACAACGAGGCCGUCUACGACAUCUGCCGUCGCAACCUGGACAUCCCCCGUCCCAGCUAUGAGCACCUCAACCGCCUCAUCGCUCAGGUCGUCAGCUCCAUCACCUCGUCGCUGCGCUUCGACGGUGCUCUCAACGUCGACCUGAACGAGUUCCAGACCAACCUGGUCCCCUACCCCCGUAUUCACUACCCGCUCAUCAGCUACGCCCCCGUCAUUUCGGCCCAGAAGAGCUCCCACGAGAGCUUCAAGGUCAACGACCUUACCUUCCAGUGCUUCGAGCCCAACAACCAGAUGGUCGUCUGCGACCCCCGCAACGGCAAGUACAUGGCCGUCGCUCUUCUGUACCGUGGCGACGUCGUUCCCCGCGAGUGCAACCAGGCCGUUGCCGCGCUCAAGGCCAAGGCUUCGUUCAACCUUGUCGAGUGGUGCCCUACCGGUUUCAAGAUCGGCAUCAACUACCAGAAGCCGAUGCGUGUCCCCGGUGGCGAGCUCGCCCCCGUCGACCGCUCCGUCUCGAUGCUUUCCAACACCACGGCCAUUGCCGAGGCUUGGAGCCGUCUCGACCACAAGUUCGACCUCAUGUACUCCAAGCGUGCCUUCGUCCACUGGUACGUUGGUGAGGGUAUGGAGGAAGGUGAGUUCUCCGAGGCUCGCGAGGAUCUCGCGGCUCUCGAGAAGGACUACGAGGAGGUUGCCAGCGAUGCGCUGGAUGAGGGCGAUCUCGAGGAGGCUGAGUACUAG